CGCAACUACAUUGAAUCGCCCACUGGAGCGUCUCGUCGCAACAAGCCAGUCGAGCGUAAUCUGGAAGACGCCGCAAAGAUGGAAAACGUCCAGGAUUGGGCAAACUACCUCUACGAACAACAUGGCCACAACCUUCCCGAAGGCCUUCGCCAACAGAUUCCCGUCUUCGCUUCGAACCCCACAUACUGGUCCUACAUCCGCUCACUCUUCUUCUACUUCAAUCAAGCGACCUCACUCUUCCGACCAGUCCUGAACGCAGCAAUUGACAGCGUAUCCACGAAACCCGACCUCGCGACAGUCGCUCUCCUCCUGGUCAUCAUAUUCAUCAGUCUCAAGAUCCUGAACAUGGUAGUGGGCACGGUCUUGUGGUGGUUCAGAUUCAUCAAGGGCGUAGUGUUCUACGGUGGGCUGAUGGGUCUGGCUUUGUGGGUGUAUACGAGAGGGCCUGCGGGGGUUGCGGAAGAUCUGGGUUACUGGUGGGGUGUGUGGAAGGGAGAGUACGCCCAUUGGAGUGAGCAAGAGCGGGUGGCGAGGAUUAUGAGGGAGCAAGGCAUUCCGGCUGGUGGUGGGAGAGGUCGCGCGAAUUGGUACUGAGCAACAGAUGGCGAUGGGUAGACGUUCUUUCGAGGCAUAUUGAGAUGCGCUAAGAGGAAGCCAUGCAUGAUCGCUCAUGAAUAGGGAUUUGUGAUAUUAGCGAAGGCGCUCUGGCGAAAACUGCGUUUGGAGCAUUUGGAUAGCGGCCGCAAAUUCGUAUUUCGCGCUGGUUCCGGGAGAUACGGAAUACUACCACAUCACGCUACACGGGGUCAGCGAAGUGAGGUGCUGAGCCGGUCUCUGUCGGACUGAGCAAGCCUU